AUGGAACGGCAUUUUAUUGUACCAUUAUUUAUUAACAUUUUAUUUAUAUAUGUGUGCAAAGGACAGAGUGAUUACUACCCACUUGUAGGGAACUCGGAGCCAGAUAUAGUACUGGUUGAACAGUCCCCUGGUAACGAUUAUGAAGUGUUUCCAGACAAAUACUCAAUAUGGUUCUAUUACGAGGGGGAGCCACUGUACUUUGAUUUGUCACGUGAUGAUGCGAUGACGGGCGCGAUGAGUCCUUCCUUAUUUAAACUAUCAAAGUACAUGCCUGAUGACCUCAUGAGGGAUGACAACGAAAAGGAUUUUGCAUUCUAUCACAACAACCAAGAUGUCAGAUCGGAUACUCGAGCGCAUUUUGUUCUACACAGACCGGACCCAGCCGCUCCGGCCAAUAUUUACGGACAAAUAAAUCAUAACGGUUACCAAUAUACCCUGCAAGCCUCGGGAAAACGCAAUAUACACAGGUUCAGAAGGGAGAUCAGUUUAGUUGAGCACCGUUCAAAGCGGGAAUUACCGGUAGUUGGUACUGAUAACAUAGUUGAGCUCGUUGUAUGGACUGCUCCAGAUGUCUUCGUAUAUCAUAAAAGCCGCCUUGGCCUCAACAAUGCUAAUACAGCUGUAUGGUUGGAUACUUACAAAAAGUCUUUGAUCAGAGAUGUUGAUCUGACGUUCAAGUUACUAGACACUGUAAAUAUCAGGAUACACUAUUCAGGUGGUGGCGAUACCAAGAAAACUACCACAGCAUGGUAUUCAGACAAUUUCGUAGAUCCGUACCUGGUUCAAGAUGGAGCAUUAACAGAUGUCACAGCGAUACUACAAGCUAAGAUUGGUAGCGACCUACCCGAUUAUGACCAUGCAGUUGUUAUCACCAGGUCAGACAUUGCAAGAACAAGCUCCGGUUCAGGAAGUCAAAAACAAGCUGUUGCCACCGGUACAAUAUGUUCCGGGGACCCCGGGAGUUCAGUAUCUCUGGCCGAGGUCAGUGGACCGUUCUAUAGAAAGGUCGUUACUCAGGCUAUUGGUUUAGGAUUCGGAAUGAAUUAUUUGUUUGGAUCGGACAUCUACACAGUUAUGGCCAGGGAUAAUCCUAGUUUUCCUGUACCGAGCGGUAACAAAUUGGAUAUAUGGAGCUUCAGCACUGAAAAAGAGGCUGAACUUAAAACAAUCAUCGAUGGCUUCGGAUCGAAUUGUCUAAUAACGCAAGAGGCGGGAUUUGAUUUUGAAAGCUUCUUGAAAUCUACCCAGACGUUAGGCGAUGUUUACGACCAAGACGCCCAAUGUUCAAUCAUAUAUGGAAGUGGAGUAACCGUUUGCUCGGGAAACACAGUUCCGGGCACAACCUGCUAUGAAGAUGCAAAAUGUUUGGUCAGCAGCUCGUGCGACCAGAGCAUUAUUUUUGCUGACAAAACUGUUUGUGAUGCAGCAAAUAAUCUGGGUUGUCGCUACUCUAGCUGUGAAUACAACUUAGGAUCGACUACUACGACCACAUCCACAACCUCAACAACAUCCGUUACAACAAGCACCACGACGAGCUCAACAACAAGCACCACGAGCAGCACCACGAGUUCUACAACUAGCACCACAAGUUCGACAACAAGCUCGACACCCACAUCACCUGGCGCAAAACAAUCAACCACAACCACAACAACAGAAGUAACUCCAUCCAGUUCAACUAUGAUUCCGAGUAGUACACCUUCGCCGGACUGCUGCUGCGAGAGACGACCCCUUGGACAGGUCAAAAUCAACAUUGAAUAUAUCCCUUGUCCAGAUGGAAACCCUGACAACAAGUACAUAAUUUCUUAAAAUCAACAUGGAUCUAGAAACCACUUUCCUGGCUGUGAAAUAUGGGGACUUUGACUUAAAAUGUAUGAAUACAAUGUAUUCCAUUUAUAAAUUAAGUGUGUCAUGAAACUGUUUUGAAGGUAUUACACAAAAGUUUAUGAAACCAUAUAAAGUUGGUGGAAGUUGAUGUUUUGUAUUAUUUUCAAACCUGAAUGAGUUGGAAUUGUUUUCAAAAUUUAAAUGUAUGUUCCAAAUUAUUAUACAACAUAUAUGAAGCAUUCUGUUUUUUGGUAGAUACUGAAUGUUUUUUUUUUUUUGUUUUGUUUUUUUUGUUAAUAGCACAUCUAGAAUGGUUUUAUUUUUAUUUUUAUAUUUGCAAAAUAUGGCUUGUGUUUUCAGCUUGAAUGCUUUAUAAUAGAUCAAACUUUAAGAUUUAUAUCAAGAAGGUAUUAAGAUAUGUAGUUUUUUGUAAAAUUUUAAUAGUCGAAUGAUCAAUAUUUUUCGAGUGUAGGAAGUAGUUUAUUUUUGUCCAAAUAAGCACAGUGGCCUUCAUUAUUUUGAUGCAUUUUGAAACAUUGCAAUGUUCUUAUAUAUGUGUGUAAUUAAUUUUCAAUAAAUAUUUUGCCUUGAACACUUGAUAUAACAGAUUUUGAAGUAUUCUUUGGAGUCAUUGAUGUUAAAUAUGUUGAAUUGUAUCAAGUUAGAAGAGUUUGGAGUAAUUGUAAAACGUCUUUGAAAGGCAGGUAUUUAAAGAUGUCAGAAUAAGUCUUCUUUCUUUGGUGUCAGAAUUUUGUAAUAUUACACAAAAAAUACUUGCAAUGUAUUGUUUUCAAAAUAUUCUAAUGUCUUAAA